CGGGAGGGAAGCUGCCGCUCUUGGCGCGCCUGCGCGGUUGAAUUUGCAUAGACGUGGAGCACGCGGGGGACUUCGCAAGCCCUUUUUGCACCUCUCGCGCCGCAGAUCCGUGUAUUGCAUAGCUUUGCAUUGCAUUUGCACCCCAGACUGCUUUCUCCCGCCUCCCCUGCUUAUUUAUGUUGAUCCUCCCCUGCAAUGUGUGUAUAGGCUGGGGGGCAGAGAGGAAAGGGGGCGGGGGGCUCGCUGUUCAACCCCUUCCUCUUUCCCCACUCUCUAGAGAACCCCCAAGCACUGCACUGUUUGGAUCUUGGUAUAUGCGAUCUGUUUAUUUCUACACUGCUUAUGCUUGCAAAUUCCCUCCUUGCUGCUCAAGGUUUGGGUAGCCUAUUUUUUUUUGCCUUUUUAACAAAUAGUUGCAUUUGUGAUCCUGGAUUCUGCAAAUGAUUCCUGGUUAUUUGGACUGAAAUGGUACAGCCAGCUGUUGCCUUCUCAGAAACCUCCAUGCAGGGCGGAGGAGGAUGCUUAACAAUGAGGGACCGGAAAAAUGUUCCGCUUGCAACGCUGUUCGUGUGAAACAGGGUCACCGUGGUGAGGAACUUCUGUGUUUCGGGUCCUUGCGAUGGCGGAAGGUGGAGUUCCGGGAAAGAAAAGGCCCUGGAGAAGCGUGUCCCUGGGUGAUAAAGUCAGGAAAAGGGCAAACAAACUGGAAGCAGAAGAGGCGUCGCCUUCUGCCUCUAUCGUUUCGUUUUUCAGUAAAGUUCCCCCGUCAACAGUGGCCUGUCCCUUGUGCGGGCAGACGGUGCCGAGAUACCAAAUCAACCAACAUAUCGACGGAGUGUGUCAAAAGAGCCAGAAUACAGAUCGCGACGUGGUUCCGGUUGAAUCUGCAUCUGGUGUGGGUGCUGCUAUUUCAGGGGGCAAUCAGCCGAGCCCUCCCGGCACAUAUUCUGCAAAGGACGCCCCAGCCCUGGAGAAGAACCCCCCAACCCCAGAAGGCAGCGGCCUUAAAAGGAAGCUUGGGGCUGGAGAACCGACGAGCCCGUAUUUUAAAGGGAGCGAUCGCUCGAUGGGGAGCAGUAGUACGCCUGCCGUUCGAGCAGUCAAAAACAUCUCUUUGGGAAGUUUAGCAUCUAAGCUGUCCAGGAGACGCUACGCCCAGGGUGGUAACAGGGGAGGCGAACGUGCCAAGACCUGUUUGAUUCCAGACGCGCAGGACAGUGCCAUAGAACGCAGCGUGGGGGAUGCUACUCUUGAGAGUGGUUCCCAGAAAGAAAACUGUUUCCCUUUUUCAAGACCGGAUGGGCAGCGUAGCCUGGAAGGAAGUUUGAAAAGCACACUUGGAACUCAGGUCACAGUACGAGGCUGUGGUCCAGGGGCGCUCCAAGCCAGUUCGGAAGAUUCUAUUCACGCGUCUGUUCCUUUGGACGAUCUUGAUUGCAGUGACUUUGCCCUGCCUGCAGAACAGGGCAGCGAGCAGCCAAAGAGUCCCACAGACCCGGUUUCAAAUCCUGGCCAGCGAGUGGAAUGUUUGGCAGCUGAUGGUGAAGCCGGGCCGUCGGAUUUGGACGGCUGCGGGAUCUCGUCCGGCGAGCACGUUGCGUUAUCUCCCGCAAAACGGAAGCCCUUUCAACGAAACCAGAAACCCUCCUUUCGGAGAGGUGACGCAAAACGACUCCCCGUCGAAGGCCCUCUGGACUUAAGGAACGAAAUGGCUGACGGCCACGUGAGGCUUUCUGAAAAACCACCCGUUGGGAACAUGAGCGGUGUCGUUUUGGGGAUGCGGCCCGAUCCGGCCGGCUCUGCAGCCGACUCAGGAGGGCAUCCGUAUUACCUCCAGAACUUUCUGAGGGCCGUGCGGGCCGUGUUGGAGGAGUCGGAUGACGUGAGGCUGUUUGACGCGCAGGAAUUGCUGCUUGUUGGUAAAUUCUACGAGCUGUCAGCUGGCGGACAGAAAUUAUACGUACGGCUAUUUCAACGCAAGCUGAACUGGAUAAAAACCAGCAAGCUGAAAUACGCCGAGAUCGCGGAUGAUUUAUCACCGUAUGUGGAGGAGCUCAUUGGAGGAGGAUUCCUAGAGUCAGACUCAGGUUUACAAGAUUUGCCUGAGGUUCUCGACCUGCUGUCUGCCCCCGAGUUGAAAACCUUGGCGCAGGCCUUCCACCUGGCAAACCCGAACGCUCAAAAGCACCAGCUCCUGGACGGCUUCCUCAAGCUCGCAAAGCAACGCUCCAUCUUCAGCAGUGAUAAAUCAGGCAUCAGAAGCCAGAUUCUGAAAAGGGCCAAGGACCUGGCUGGGAAAUCCAUCCGGCUCCGCAAAGACCCCCGAGACGUCUUCUCGCGCCUGCUACUGCUCUUCACCCUGACUGACCCGCCGGAAGAGGAGGAAGCUGGGAGCGGCGGCCAGAAAGCCCUCUCCACCCUGCUGCUGGUGAACCUGGGCCGGACUGCCUUCCCUGCUUACACGGUCAAGAUUGAGCAUCUCAUAUUUGAGGAUCGGGAGGACUUCCUCAGAUACGCCGCUGCCGUGCACACAUCCAGCGACGUCUCCGUGGCUAUGGCAAAUCGAGACUGGGAAGAGGCGCAAAAGCUGUACAAGUCUGCGAAAGACACCUGGCGGGAACUGGGGGCUCAUCCUUCACUGAGGCACCACGCAGCCCUCCCGGCGUACCUGCGGUGCUUCACAGUCGGGUGGGUGUACACACGGAUCUUGUCGCGGGGAGUCGAGAUCUUGCAGAGAUUCCACAGGUACAAGGAGGCUGUGGAGCAGCUCGAGGAACUCCUGGCGCAAGAGGUUUAUUGCACUGACAGCAGAGGCCGGUGGUGGGAUCGCCUGGCUCUUAAUUUGCACCAGCACUUGAAAGAAACAGAGAAGGCCGCUGACUGCAUCAGGAAAGGCCUCUUGGAUCCCCUUGUGCGCACCGGCCACCGGCUUGCCCUCUCCCAGAGGGCCCAGCGGAUGAGAGAAUCCCCGGCUUGUAAGAAACUGAGACAUCUCCUGCAAGACCUGCCAGCCGUUUCUGUGGAAGACGUCGCACACGUCACCAUCAGAGGAAAGCUGUGCCCACAAACCAGGAUGGGGAAAUCGGUGUUCAUCAUGGAAGACCUCGGACCAGACGACACGGGAGAAGACCGUGAGCCGGCGGUGGUCGUGUGCUCCGUGGAAGAGCUGGCCCUGGCCCAUUACAAGCAGAAAGGCUUUGACCAAGGCAUUCACGGCGAAGGGUCUACCUUCAGCACGCUCUACGGCCUCCUGAUGUGGGACCUCCUCUUCAUGGAUGGGAUCCCCGAUGUCUUCAGGAACCCCUACCAGUCCUACCCCCUGGAUCUGUACACUGACAGCUUUUACGAGAACCGGAAAGAGGCCGUCGACGCAAGGCUCCGGCUACUGCACGACGCUUCCCCAGAGACCCUGUCGGAGUGGAUCGCCGACGUCUGGAAUGCCCAGAAGGGCAGAGCCGCGGCGCUGGUCAGCUGGGACAGGUUCUCCUCCCUUGAGCAAGCACAGAGUCUGGCGUGCUGCUUCGGAGGUCCGUUUUUGAGUGGCGUUUGCCGGCGGCUGUCCAGAGACCUGCGCCACUAUAGAGGUGGCCUCCCUGACCUGGUUGUGUGGAGAUCGGAAGAUCGCCAAUUCAAGCUGGUGGAGGUGAAAGGCCCCAACGAUCGCCUGUCUUUCAAGCAGAUGCUCUGGUUAGCUGAGCUGGGGCGUCUGGGGGCAGCCGUGGAAGUCUGCCACGUGACCGCGGUUGGAUCUAAGAGCGAACGUCUGAACUGAAAGCGUGGGCCACGCUGGCUGGGUCCCUGGCCUCGGCAACAAAACCAAAUAAAUUUUCUUGCUGCGUAUCGCA